CUUGCAGCAGGAGCAGAAUAUUAAUGUUUCGUUUUCUUUCGGACGAGAUCUCCUUCGUGUCUGGAGUGACGGAGAUUGAUGAUGAGUGAGAGUCGUUGAUGCAGCUCCGUGUUUGUCGCUUCGCUGAAGUAGAUAAGAUAAAGAUUUCCGUAUCAGUACGGGCACUGCCACAGGAAUUUAUUAUCAAGAACUCUGGAACAAAACCAAAGGCAAAUUAUCAAGGGAAAUUAAAAGUGCUUUUAUCACCGUAGGUCUAGCUUCAGCUCCGUCCGGGUGCUCCAGUCGGCAGACGGAGUGUCGCCGAAUUGAAGAUGCCUUCGCGGUCGUGAGUAGAGCGCUGGUGUCUUUCGGAUUGUAACAAGGGUAGCUGCUCUUUCGCCCACAGUCGUCAUGGCGGAAGACGCGGGGAAGCAACAUACAAUCUACGAAGAGGUGGAGUUCGAUGAUGAGGAACCUCUCGAAGAACUCCAGCCUGACUUCGACGAAGAAGAGGAGGAAGGGGCGGAUCUCGAUGACUACAACAAGGUGCGACAAUUUGUUACGGAGUUUUGCUCAUACUGUACUGUGCCUUUCGACAAGAAACUUUUGUGAUGAAAAGAGUCAGCUACUUGCUUGCGCAUCUGGAAAUAAAAUAAACUUGUUUUAAAAAAAAAAACGAACAGCUUGUUGUCGAAACCCGAAUCCCAAACACUCUGCGCGAUUCCGCACCGCCUGCAACAAUAGUCGAGCGGCAGGCACCGAACGUAGAUGACUUCAUUCGCAACUUCUUCAUCAAGCACGGCUUCACGAGAAGCCUAGAGGCAUUUCAGAACGAGUGGUUCGAAAAGGGCGGAUUGGGGGAGGCAAUAGAAACAGCUCCAGAUCUCUACGUAUUGUUUUUUUGUGAUUGAUUUCGUCACCCAUGAAAUUUGAGGAGCGAAGUUGUCCUCAGUGGUAGUGAACGGAAGUUAUGUAGUCGAGACAGCAGUACUCCUGGACGGGCUAGGGAGAAAAUCGAAAAUCCCACCUUCUGCCAAAACCAGGUCAAAGCGCAGCAGUUGGCGCAGGAAAAUGCAGGCCUGACGCACGCAUUGCAGACAUCAGAGGGCAUCGCGCAAGAAAGCAAGAAGCAGUGGGACAAGUUCCGAAAAGAAAGGGACUUCCACAAAAUGCACCAUAGAAGGGUAAGCAGUACGCUUCACAAAUUUUUUUACUGAUUAAGUACUUUUUUUUUCUCGAAGGGCGUUUCAUCAAGUAGUAUCUCUUAUCAGUCUAGCAUACUCGCAAGAGAACAAGCUAGGAUGCGAAAGAAAUUUUGUGUCAAUCCAUGAAACUACAUUCAGGUCGUGCAAGAAAGGAGGCGGCUUCUGACCGAUUUUGAAAGACUAAAGCGACACUACGAGCAAUAUGAGCCGACACUUGCGGAGCUGAGGCACAAGUAUUUUUUCCACGAUAAAGAAUCAAUUUCAAUUUCUUCGCCUUUUGGUUCUGUCGUUUUUCUCUACACAAACACCGUGAAAAUGAAAAAACGGAGGGAGCCGCAGGCAUUGCUGAUGAGCAUAGCGGUUUCAUCAGAAAGUAGCUCGCUUUCCCCAAUCACCUCUACAGGUACGAGGUAAUCAUGAAGGAGAAGAUGCUUAUGAGACUAGAGCGAGACCGUAUCGCGGGUAAAAUGGAGACCCUCCAGGAGCAGUUAGAGGUUUUGCAAAGACAAGUAGACCAGAAGGACUCCAAGGCUAGUCCGGCCGAAGGUACAAUUUUUCACCUGCUCUAGCUUCUUUGGAGAUACUUCAUCUGGCACUAUCUAUCAUUACGCGUCGAAACCGAGAAUUACCGCGUUCCGUUUUUAUCAUGAGGUUUUGAUUGUGUAGUUGUUGACACUCACGGGAAACUAAUUGAAGACUCAUAUGAAAAAUCGCCAUACAAACAGCGACCGGAGUUACAAAGUCGAGAAGAAGAAUAAAUACGCCCUGGCCAGAGGAGGAAGAUCUCGGUGAGCCGGCAGUCUUCGAGCCCAUAAAACCAGCGGACCUAAAGGCACUGAAAUCCUUCCCCAAGUGCCACGCUGGACCGAUUGCGUCGCUGGCCUUCCAUCCCAAGUUACCAGGUAGAGUUGAAGAUCUACUUCGUUUUCGGUCUGGUGCUAUGAGUUGGAAAAGUAUUUUGAUUAGAAUGAGUGUACCGCUGUGCAUCAGAUGUUCAUGAUCCGUGUCGCUGAUUCUGAUUGUGCAGUCACUGCCCAUCCAAUGAAUAAAUGUUAUUCGCCGAAUGCUCAUCGUCAUCAUCUGCAACGCCGAAAUUUUCUUCUCAGUUUUGGCAACGGCAAGCGACGACCACACGUGGAAGUUGUUCUCUUUGCCGGCGGGCGAGCUAGUCAUGAGCGGGGAGGGGCACCGAGACUGGGUUUCUGGCAUCGGAUUUCACCAUCGCAGCAAUUUGAUCGGAACAACCUCCGGGGACGCGACCGUGAAGAUAUGGGAUAUGAGCACCGAGUCCUGUCGUCACACGUUUACCGACCACACCCAGGCGACCUGGGGUCUCGAUUUCCAUCCCACACAUGAUUUCUUGGUGACCGCCAGUAUGGACCACACGGCGCGCGUCUUCGAUCUUGCAUCGUGGCGCUGCAGGCAGACCUUCCGCGGGCAUGUGGACAGCGUCAAUGCUGUCUGCUUCCAGCCGCAUGGAAUGAAUGUAUGUCUUUUUUUGAAUAUUUUGUGAUUUUUCUCAUUUGCGUCCAAGUAUAAAAAGUUGUCGCCAGGGGCACGGAUAGUAUACGACGCCACUAGUUGAUGUGCUGCGAUCGAUUUCUGGUACUUUUCAUCACAAAGUCGGGACGAUAACUUUCAGGUUUGCACUGCGUCUGGUGAUAAGACGGUGUCAUUGUGGGACUUGAGAAGCGGGCUGUGUGUGCAAACCUUUUACGGGCACUCGAACGCCGUUAAUAGUUGCAGGUUCCAGCGAGCCGGCACAGUACUGGUCAGUUGUGACGCCGACGGGCUCUGCAAGCUGUGGGAUAUCCGCAUGGUGCGAACAAAUUUUCUUUUUAAAGAAGAACGACCGGCGCUGAGUGUCACCUUUGUCUGUCGAAUAGCGGUAGCUAUCUGUAGGUGCGAAAAUAUAAUCUCUAUCAUCAGCAAAUAUCAACAAAUAAUCAGGUCUGCGAGUUCCUCCAGAUUGACGCAGGCCCGCACCCAGUGAACGCGGCCGACUUUGACGGCAGCGGGAAGGCCCUCGCGCUGGCCAGUGGGGACGGAGCAAUUAAGUUGUUCGAUCUCGACACCAAGACGUUCGUCAAGAACCUCGACGGCCACGAAGAUUCCGCCCAGGAUGUCCGCUUUGACCCGCAGAGCAAGAUGCUCGCGUCGUGCGGCUCCGACUCCUCCGUCAUGCUGUGGCAGUAGGUGCGACGCGGAAAAAACUAGAUUCAAACCCAUUGUAGAAUUGAAAUAUCUAGUGGAAGCUUUUAGUAGGUUGAUAGAACUAGUCAGCAAUCAAUGUGACAGAACAAGUAGCCCGGUGUGUGACAUCGUCAUCGGGCGUUACACUGUUCAUUGAGUUCAAGUAUGACAAAGUUACUGCUCCGCCCGCGCAGCAGUACUCGCAGGUGUUUGGGUAGAAGCAGGGCAAAGGCAUACGACCCCAACCCCGUGCCUUUCUCCAUGUACCAAACCACUCAAAACCUCCAGAGAUUCUUAUUCACAAUCUAUGACGACAAGAGAGAGACUUUGAUAUUCUUACUGUUACCUACGACGACAUUCGUAAAGACAAAAGCGAAGGCCCCGGGCUGAGGCCCAGGUGAAGUACGGGAUAGCAAAAGCAAGCCGAUGGCUUGUUCCAGAUGCGAUCGUAAAAACGUUGGAAAAUGUCGUCAGCCGGACUGAUGUACACAAAACGAAUCAAGAAAUCCAAAGCAAU